AUGCCUUUUUAUCAUUCUGAUAGCGAAUCGGAUCAAUCAGAUUCAGAAAGACGUCGUGAAUUUGCUCUUGAUUCACCAGUCAUGACUUCGGAAAUUACUAAUCUAGAGUUGUCUCUUGCUAAAGAUAUUGUGCCUGAUUAUUUUGGUGGCACCAAGGAUCUUUUAGACUUUAUAACGAAAGGGGAUCAAUUUAUACAGCUACUUAAAAAACCAGAUCCCAAUUGUGUGUUCAACAAGCUACUUCUUCAUAAUAUUAUUGCAAAAAUUAAAGGUGAGGCUAGGGAUUUAUUGAAUAACAGUUCUUGGGUUACCUGGAAAGACGUCAAAGAUAUACUUAUUAACAGAUUCGGAGAUAGAAGGAACGAGUCAUGCUUAGCGUACGAACUCUCUCGCAUGCACCAGCUUAAUAAAGAAUCGUAUCAACAAUAUUACGAUCGAAUUAACGAACAGUUGCAAAAAAUCUUGCAACAGGUAAAACUGAAUUCGUCCCCGGAGUUAUUUCAAAUUAAAUCCGACAUGUACAACGAUCAGGCCUUAAAACGAUUUAUUUUUGGUCUAAAGGAUCAGUAUGGGAAUAUUUUCGCUCAUUCGCAUGUAGGUACGUUACCCGAUGCGUUACAUAAAAUCCAGGAAAUGGAAAAUUUCUGGUAUGAACGUUCUCUAACAAAUUUCAUGAGAGAUAAGGACGAACCCCAACGAAAAAAUAGCAUUCUUCCAAAAUCUCUGCCAAACCACAAAGAUAAUACCUUCAAUAAUAACUUUCAAAAUCAAUUUAGGCCACAAUUCCAAAUGUCUCCACCCAGAAUUGGCCCACCGAGACCAAAUAGUUUACCUCCCAGACCAAAUUAUGGUACGAGACCAUUUCCGUAUACAACUCAACCACAGUUAAUGCCAAAUCGUUCCCAAAAUUCAAAUCAACAAAUUUCCAGAAAUCCCCAACCAAAUAGGCCAACGCCUAUGUCUGUAGAUAGUAGUAAUUAUUGUCCAAACACUUCUGUAAGGCAGUCACAUCGUCCCAAUUUCUUUCAACAAACAGGCAGGCCAAAUGUGAUUGUGGAAGAGCUCCAUAAUCAGGAGACGGAAGGGACUGAAUCUCACGACCAAUGCGACAAUGAUUAUUUUUCUGAAACCGCUUAUGGCUACCAACAAGAUAAUGAUUACUUGGAUAGUGGAGUAGUUACUUUUGAGAAUGAUGACGCACAGGCUGAAAAUUUUCCUAUAGCGGCCUCGGAAAUGAAUCAGUCGACUUAUAUAAUAUUUACAAGCUCUCAAGGCUCCCCUAUAUAG